CAGCUGAAAGCUGAUGUGGUUCCAAAGACAGCAGAAAACUUUAGAGCUCUUUGUACUGGUGAAAAAGGAUUUGGGUAUAAAGGAUCCACUUUUCACAGAGUGAUUCCUUCAUUUAUGUGCCAGGGUGGUGACUUUACAAAUCAUAAUGGAACUGGUGGAAAAUCCAUUUAUGGCAGUAGAUUUCCAGAUGAAAAUUUCAUACUUAAGCAUGUAGGACCUGGUGUUCUUUCAAUGGCCAAUGCAGGACCCAAUACAAAUGGAUCUCAGUUCUUCAUCUGCACUGCAAAAACUGACUGGCUAGAUGGAAAACACGUUGUUUUUGGGCAUGUAAAGGAAGGAAUGGAUGUCGUGAAAAAAAUUGAGAGCUUUGGUUCCAAGAGUGGAAAGACCUCCAAAAAGAUUGUCAUUACUGACUGUGGCCAGCUGUCCUAGCCUUUUGCCCUACCAAUAAGGACAACUUCGAUGCUGUGAAAAAUGAAUCAUAAAAAACCCAAACAUUUCUGAUCCCAUGAGUAGCACCUAUGGAACCAUACUUUCUAUUUAACUUGGUCCAACUUUUUUACUUAUAUUGAAUAAUAUUGAUUAAAAGCAUAAAACAAUAACUGAAACGUUUUAACUGAGCUACCUUGGUAGUCACACUGUCACACUGGUUUGGUAGAUAGAGUCCCAUUGCGUUUUGAAAGAAGUAGUAGGGUCACCCAGAGCAUAUCUGACUGCAGCAUUGAUGCUGCUCUCAGUAUUUGGAUGUUUCAGGUAUUAGAAUCAGUGGUGGAGUUGACAACUAAGUGUUCUGUAGUUGGGGGUUAGAUACAAAUUGAGAAAUACCAUGUUUCCUUCGGUGCUAAUGAA